AGUUGUUUCGUUUGGAAAUGUCGAUGUGAGGAAUGCAUUUACAAGUUGUGUUGUGCCACCAGUUGAAGAGCUACAAGCCAAAUUCCUCAUGUCCAAACUACUCAGAGGAUCACGGAAAGUACCAACACAGCUAGAUCUUAGUAUUAUCGAAGUAAAAUCUAAGUUUGAUGCAGAAUUCCGGAGGUUUCCGUUGGAUAAAGCGCAGUUGAAGACGUUCGAAGAAUUCUACAAGCAUGUACAGACCAUUCACAAGCUGCAAGCUAUUCCGUUUACGACUUGGUACACAGACAUGCAUGGCGAUUUAUUGCCAAUAAACAACGAUGAUAAUUUUCUCCGAGCUGUAGCAACCGCUCGACCGCUCUUACGAGUUUUCGUCCAGCGUAAAGGUAAUGUAACAGAGGAGAAUGCACUUCCCCCUGAAGUACCUAGGCGUCGGAACUUGUUAUCAAAUCUUACAAAUCCAGCAAAGUCACACCUCAAUAGGAUAUCAAUCAGUGGUCCUCAAGAUUUCCGUCGCGUUUCUGCAAUCGUUGAUGUGGACAUUAUCCCUGAAACUCAACGUCGCGUUAAAUUAUUGAAGCAUAAUACCGACAAACCCCUUGGAUUCUACAUACGAGAUGGAACCAGUGUGCGUGUGACACCUAGUGGAUUAGAAAAGGUUCCAGGUAUUUUUAUUUCAAGGCUUGUCCCAGGUGGGCUUGCUGAAAGUACUGGUUUAUUGGCAGUGAAUGACGAGGUUCUCGAGGUUAAUGGUAUUGAGGUCGCAGGAAAAACUUUGGAUCAAGUAACGGACAUGAUGAUUGCAAAUAGUCACAACCUUAUCAUAACUGUCAAACCAUCAAAUCAAUUUAAUAAUCCAGUUAUUGGGAGAUUAAAGCAUGCUGAGCCAGACCGUACAAAAUCUCAGAGCCUUACAAACUUAGCAACACAUGCUGUUAACCCUGUUCUGAGUGCAGGAUCACCGACAAUGCAUCAUGCUUACCACAAUGAAUUGGCCGAAGAAAUACCAGACAGUGAUGAAGAAGAACAUCCAACAGUUGAUGAGGAUGGUAUUUUAUCAAUAUGAUCACUUUUCUACGCAAGUCAUAAUGGGGGUUGUUUCUCUCCAGCGAAACGUUACUACGCAAAUGGACAGUUAUAAAAAGUAAUAUUCUUGUAGUUUGGAUAAAAGGAACUUUAUAUACAAUUAACAUUUUAAGUGCAUGCAUGCUAUGUUGCCUUUUGCGAACGCAGUAGAAGUGCUAAAAUAAGUUUAUAAGCUCCUGGCUUGGAUAACGUUUGAUGAAAAUUUUACAAACAAAUAUCUAGUUAAUCUGUGCUGUUUUGGAAAUGAAUUUUAUAGCAUUUGAAUCAAGACAUAUACUGACUGGUAUUUCCAGUAAAAGCGAAUCUUUUGCAAAUUAAAAAUUUGUAUUUUGAGGCAAACUGCUUCAUCCAUGCUUUCAAUUCUCCAUUCCUUUUAAUUUACUUACAAAUUAUUAUACUGAUUUAAAAUCAAUGUGAUGAGAGCAAUGUCAUCGUAUUUCAAAAAGUCAAAAGAAAGUUAUGGGAAGAUGUUGAAUUACAGGAAUACACAUGUAUUUCACUCACUGUCAAGAUUAAAGCUGAUGUAAAUUAAGUGCAGUAUUAACAUUUUUCUGUCGCUGACUAAUUUUAGCAAAAACCACACAAUUGGUAUAAAUGUUUUUUUUUUCUUUUCUCAUUUUUGUACUUUGAGA